CUCGUCAAGAUGCGCCUCUUACUAGCUUUCCUGUCAUUCUUCGCCCUCGCCAGCGCCCAAUUCGGCUUCUUUGACCAAAUGUUUGGCGGCGGCGGUGGUGGUAGUGGCGGAGGAGCAGGAGGACACCACCACCACCAGCAAGCGCAGAACAAUCCCAGCGACGCCCGCCACUACCAGCAGCAAUACACACAUUCCGCCUGCGACAGGUACCUCUGCCCCGACACCCUCGCCUGCGUCCACUUCCCGCACCACUGCCCCUGCGCGUGGGACGCACACGACGACAAGUUUGAGCUCGCAGAGGGCAAGCGGACGUGCGUCUCCAAGGGCGGGUUCAGGCCGGGCGAGACGGCGAGGAAGAUUGAGCUUGCGCGCAAGGGUUUGCUCUGAACCUACGAGGCAGGGAGGGAUGGGAGGGCUCAGGGUUUGGUUUUGACAUGAGUGGAGUGUACGAGGAAGCGAAGCAAUGCGAUGCGAUGCGAUGCGAUAGACACUGUAGACAACUUUUACAGGCAUGCAACUGAAUACAAGGCACAAUACAUCACG